AUGCGUACAUUAAUUGCAUGUAACCAUACUAACAUCAGAACAACUAGUCGUACCAGAAAGACUUAUUUGACCUUUCUCAAUUCGAAUCUCAAAUACUCGAUCCGUAGAGGACACAUUUCACAUAACCGUUCCAACUAUAUUCGAGACUAUAUUUCCCGUUCUCGUUCUCGUCGUUACUUUUACAAACGAAAUUUUCCCAGAAUUUUAUCGCAAAUAAGGACCAUAAUGUCCACCGCCCAAGAGAAAACCCCAGACUUUUCGCCUCUUCACAAUGAUUUGCCUUCGCAUUUCAAAGGGUUAAACUCAGUCGAUGUUGCCGAGCCAGGAAAAGUCACUGAGUUUGUGCGUAAUAGCCAAGGUCAUACCGUGAUCAGCCGCGUUUUGAUCGCAAAUAACGGUAUUGCUGCCGUGAAAGAAAUAAGGUCUGUCCGGAAAUGGGCUUACGAGACCUUUGGUGACGAACGUGCCAUCCAAUUUACUGUGAUGGCCACCCCAGAGGAUUUGGCUGCCAACGCCGAGUACAUCAGAAUGGCCGACCAGUUUGUGGAGGUACCAGGUGGAACCAACAACAAUAACUAUGCUAAUGUCGAUCUCAUUGUGGAGAUUGCCGAAACCACCAAUGUUCACGCCGUAUGGGCUGGUUGGGGUCAUGCUUCAGAAAACCCUUUAUUGCCCGAGAAAUUGGCAGCUUCACCAAAAAAGAUCUUAUUUAUUGGUCCCCCAGGACUGGCAAUGCGUUCUUUGGGUGAUAAAAUCUCCUCCACCAUUGUCGCACAACACGCUCAGGUUCCUUGUAUACCAUGGUCGGGUACUGGUGUCGAUGACGUUGUAGUUGACCCCAAGACCAAUUUGGUGUCGGUUGCUCCUGAAGUCUACGAAAAAGGUUGCUGCAGUCUGCCUGAAGACGGUUUGGUGAAAGCCAAAGAAAUUGGAUUCCCCGUCAUGAUCAAGGCCUCCGAAGGUGGAGGUGGUAAAGGUAUUCGUAAGGUUGAGCGUGAAGCCGACUUUAUUGCUCUUUACAAGCAAGCUGCUAAUGAAAUACCUGGAUCUCCUAUUUUCAUCAUGAAGUUGGCUGGUGAUGCCAGACAUUUGGAGGUUCAAUUGUUGGCCGACCAAUAUGGUACCAAUAUCUCUUUGUUUGGAAGAGAUUGUUCCGUUCAAAGAAGACAUCAAAAAAUUAUUGAGGAGGCUCCUGUUACGGUCGCUGACAGAGAUACCUUUAGUUCCAUGGAGAACGCCGCCGUCAGAUUGGGUAAAUUGGUGGGAUAUGUCUCCGCUGGUACUGUGGAGUACUUGUAUUCUCACUCUGAGGAUAAAUUCUACUUUUUGGAAUUGAACCCACGUUUGCAAGUUGAACAUCCAACCACUGAAAUGGUGACGGGUGUGAACUUGCCAGCUGCUCAAUUGCAAAUUGCUAUGGGUAUCCCAAUGCACCGUAUUAGAGACAUCAGAACUCUCUACGGUGUGGAUCCUCAUACUUCCACUGAGAUUGACUUUGAAUUCAAGACUGAAGAAUCUUUGAUCAGCCAAAGACGUCCAGUACCCAAGGGUCAUACGACUGCUUGUCGUAUCACCUCUGAAGAUCCCGGUGAGGGUUUCAAGCCUUCUGGAGGUAAUUUGCAUGAUUUGAACUUCAGAUCUUCUUCAAAUGUGUGGGGUUAUUUCUCCGUCGGUAAUCAAUCUUCCAUUCAUUCAUUUUCUGAUUCCCAAUUUGGUCAUAUCUUUGCCUUCGGAGAGAACCGUCAAGCCUCGAGAAAGCACAUGGUGGUUGCCUUGAAGGAGUUGUCCAUUCGUGGUGAUUUCAGAACCACUGUCGAGUACUUGAUUAAGUUGUUGGAAACCCCCGAUUUCGAGGAUAACACAAUCACUACUGGAUGGUUAGAUGAGUUGAUUUCCAAAAAGUUGACAGCUGAAAGACCAGACCCUAUUGUGGCUGUCGUGUGUGGUGCUGUUACUAAAGCUCAUAUUCAAACCGAAGAAGAUAAACGUGACUACAUUCUGAGUCUCGAAAAGGGUCAAAUUCCUAAUAAGAACUUGUUGAGAACCAUCUUCCCAAUUGAGUUCAUCUAUGAAGGUCAACGUUACAAGUUCACAGCUACUAAGUCUUCCAAAGAUUCAUACACUUUGUUCCUCAAUGGUACAAGAGGAGUCGUUGGUAUUCGUCCUUUGUCUGAUGGUGGAUUGUUGUGCGCUAUUGGAGGUAAGUCACACUCUGUUUACUGGAAGGAGGAAGCUGCGGCAACUAGACUUUCCGUGGACAGUAAAACUUGCUUGUUGGAAGUCGAGAAUGAUCCAACCCAAUUGAGAACUCCAUCGCCAGGUAAGUUAGUCAAGUACUUGGUUGAAAGUGGUGAUCAUGUUGUUGCCGGUCAGGCCUACGCUGAAGUGGAAGUUAUGAAGAUGUGCAUGCCUUUGAUUGCCCAAGAAGACGGUGUCGUUCAAUUGAUCAAACAACCAGGAUCUACAGUCAAUGCUGGAGAUAUCUUGGCUAUUUUGUCGUUGGAUGAUCCUUCGAAGGUCAAGCAUGCUCGUCCUUUCGAGGGCACGCUUCCAGAUUUGGGAGAUGCCAUUGUGCAAGGCUCAAAGCCUGUUCACAAGUUCCAGUUCUACUCAAACAUUUUGAGUAACAUCUUGGCUGGUUUUGACAACCAAGUCAUCAUGAACUCGACUCUCAAGGGCAUUAGAGAGGUGUUGAAAGAUAAGGAGUUACCUUACGGUGAGUGGGCACAACAGGCGUCUGCAUUACAUUCCAGAUUACCACCCAAAUUGGACGAGGCAAUGGAACAACUCAUUGAGAGGACUCAUUCUAGAGGGGCCGACUUCCCAGCUAAGCAGCUUUUGAAACUCAUGCAGAAGGAAUUGGCAACCCAGGAGUCGGGAUCUUUACUUCGUGACGUUGUUGCUCCUUUGGUUAAUGUCGCUACCCGUUACUCUGCCGGUUUGCUUGAGCACGAGUUUUCUUACUUUGCAAGCUUGAUCAACGAAUACUACGCCGUUGAGUCUCUUUUCUCCCCUUACAAUGUUAGGGACGAGGAUGUCAUUUUGAGACUUCGUGACGAGAACAAGAGCGAUUUGCAGAAGGUUACUGAUAUCGCUUUAUCACACUCCAGAGUUAGCUCAAAGAACAACUUGAUUCUCGCCAUCUUGGAUGUCUACCAACCCGUUUUACUUGAGGGAUCAAAGGUGGGUGAAAGCAUUCGUAAAGCUUUGAAGAACUUGGUCGAAUUGGAUACCAGAAACACCGCCAAGGUAACCUUGAAAGCAAGAGAAAUUUUGAUUCAAUGUUCUUUGCCUUCCAUUAAGGAAAGAUCCGAUCAAUUGGAACAUAUUUUGCGCUCUUCGGUACUUCAAACUUCAUAUGGAGAGAUCUAUGCUCUGCACAUCAAACCUAAGCUUGAUGUGAUCCAGGAAGUUGUUGAUUCUAAACACACCGUGUUUGACGUGUUGCUUCAGUUUUUGGUCAAUGAUGACGAGUGGGUUGCUAUUGCUGCUGCAGAAGUUUACGUGAGACGUUCUUACAGAGCCUACUCGUUGGGUAAGAUUUCUUACCACUUCCAAGACAAGUUGCCUAUCAUCACCUGGAAGUUCUCGUUGCCCAGUCUCGAUUCGUCGAAUCUCAAUGCUAUUCAAAACGUCAAGAGUGAUGAUUCCAGUUCAAUGAACAGAACCAUGUCAGUGUCCGACUUAUCUUACGUCUCCGAUGACAAAGAAAAGCACGGCAGAACUGGUAUUUUGGUUCCAUGCAAGCAUCUUGAUGACGUUGACGACAUGAUGACGGCAGCUUUAGAGCAAUUAGUGCCCUCUGAUGAGAUUCACUUGCGUUCUUCUAAAGAUACCGAGCAGUCUUACUCGAAUGUCUUCAAUAUUGUGGUCAACAGCAUCGAUGGCUACAUCUCCGAAGAUGAAAUUUUGGGUAGGAUCAGAGAGAUUCUUGAUGAGUACAAGGAUGAUUUGAGAACUGCCAAGAUCAGAAGAAUCACUUUUGUUUUUGCCAACGAUGUUGGAAACUAUCCUAAGUACUACACUUUCACUGCCCCAGACUACGAGGAAAACAAGGUUAUUCGUCAUAUUGAGCCAGCUCUUGCUUUCCAAUUGGAAUUGGGACGCUUGGUGAACUUCAACAUCAAGCCAAUUUUCACCGACAACAGAAACAUUCAUGUGUAUGAGGGUGUUGGUAAGAAUGCUCCUUCCGACAAGAGAUUCUUCACUCGUGGUAUUAUUAGAACAGGUAUCAUUCAUGACGAUAUCUCGAUCAGCGAGUACUUGAUUUCCGAAUCCAAUCGUUUGAUGUCUGAUAUCUUGGACGCUUUAGAAGUCAUUGAUACAUCCAAUUCGGAUCUCAACCACAUUUUCAUCAAUUUCUCCGCUGUCUUCAAUGUUUUACCAGAGGAAGUCGAGGCUGCAUUCGGCUCAUUCUUGGAGAGAUUUGGUAGAAGAUUAUGGAGAUUGAGAAUUACUGGUGCAGAAAUCAGAAUUGUUUGUACUGAUCCAAACACUAAUACUUCGUUCCCUCUCCGUGCCAUCAUCAACAACGUUUCAGGUUAUGUUGUGAAGUCCGAGUUGUACAUGGAGGUGAAGAACACCAAGGGCGAAUGGGUAUUUAAGUCAAUUGGCCAUCCUGGUUCCAUGCAUUUGAGACCUAUCUCAACGCCUUACCCAGUGAAAGAGUCUUUGCAACCAAAACGUUACAAGGCACACAACAUGGGUACGACAUAUGUUUACGAUUUCCCUGAGUUGUUCCGUCAAGCUACACUUUCUCAAUGGAAGUUGCAUGCCAAAGCGAAGGUUCCAAAAGAUGUAUUUACUUCAUUGGAAUUGAUCGCUGAUGACAAUGGCGAGUUGACUCCCGUUGAUCGCGAACCUGGUUCGAAUAAAAUUGGUAUGGUUGGUUUCAAAGUGACUGCUAAGACACCUGAAUAUCCAAGAGGACGUCAAUUCAUCAUCAUUGCCAACGAUAUAACUCACAAAAUCGGAUCUUUUGGCCCAGAAGAGGACAUUUAUUUCAACAAAUGUACUGAGUAUGCGAGAAAGUUGCGUAUUCCUCGGAUCUAUCUUUCAGCUAAUUCUGGAGCCAGAAUUGGUGUUGCUGAAGAAUUGAUUCCUCUUUUCAAAGCCGCGUGGAAUGAUGAGCUGAACCAAGCAAAAGGUUUCAGAUACUUGUACUUGUCGAGCGAGGACAAGGCUGCUAUGGAUGCUGCCGGUAAGUCUUCGAGUGUGGUCACUGAAAGAAUCGUCGAAAAUGGUGAAGAGAGACAUGUUCUCAAGUCUAUUGUCGGAGAAGAAGAUGGCUUAGGUGUUGAGUGUUUGAAGGGUUCCGGUUUAAUUGCUGGAAGUACUUCGCGUGCCUACAAAGAUAUCUUCACUAUUACCUUAGUCACUUGCAGAUCUGUUGGUAUCGGUGCUUACUUGGUAAGAUUAGGUCAAAGAGCGAUCCAGAUCGAAGGUCAACCAAUCAUUUUGACAGGUGCCCCUGCUAUUAACAAGUUACUUGGUCGUGAGGUUUACUCUUCCAACUUACAGCUUGGUGGUACCCAAAUCAUGUACAAGAAUGGUGUUUCUCAUUUGACAGCUUCAGAUGAUUUGGCCGGUGUCGAGAAGAUCAUGCAAUGGCUUUCUUACGUUCCCGCAAAGAGUGGUCAUCCAAUCCCAAUUUUGGAAUCAAGUGACUCAUGGGACAGAGAUGUUGAGUUCUAUCCUACAAAGGGAGAUCCAUACGAUGUUCGUUGGCUCAUUGAGGGUCGUCAAUUCGACAACGGAGAGUUUGAAUCUGGUUUGUUCGAUAAGGGUUCUUUCCAAGAGACCUUGUCGGGAUGGGCCAAGACCGUCGUCGUUGGAAGAGCACGUCUUGGAGGUAUUCCAAUUGGUGUUAUUGGUGUUGAAACGAGAUCUGUUGAUAACUUGAUUCCCGCUGACCCAGCCAACCCUGAUUCUACCGAGCAAAUGAUUCAGGAAGCUGGUCAAGUUUGGUAUCCAAACUCUGCUUUCAAGACCGCUCAAGCUAUCAAUGACUUCAAUAAUGGUGAAAGCCUCCCUUUGAUGAUCUUGGCUAACUGGAGAGGUUUCUCAGGAGGCCAACGUGAUAUGUACAACGAGGUUCUCAAAUUUGGUUCGUAUAUUGUUGAUGCUUUGGUCGACUUCAAGCAGCCAAUCUUCACCUACAUUCCACCAAACGGUGAGUUGAGAGGUGGUUCAUGGGUCGUUGUUGAUCCUACCAUCAAUGCUGACAAGAUGGAAAUGUACGCCGAUGUCGAUUCGAGAGCCGGUGUGUUGGAGCCAGAAGGUAUUGUUGGUAUCAAGUACAGAAGAGACAAGUUGUUGGCCACGAUGACCCGGUUAGACCCUACUUAUGCUGAGUUGAAAAAGAAGCUCAGCGAUGAGAGUGUAUCUGCUGAAGAACAUUCGCAGAUCUCGGCCAAGAUUGUUGCUCGUGAGAAAGCGUUGCUUCCUAUCUAUGCCCAGAUCUCGGUUCAAUUUGCUGACUUGCACGACAGAUCUGGCCGUAUGUUGGCCAAGGGUGUGAUUAGAAAGGAAUUGGAAUGGCGUAACGCUCGUCGUUUCUUCUUCUGGCGUUUGCGUCGUAGAUUGAACGAGGAAUACGUUCUCGACAUGAUUGAAGAGCAACUCAAAUCCAACAACAAAUUGGAGAAGGUUGCCAGACUCAAGAGUUGGAUGCCUACUGUUGACUAUGAAGACGAUAAAGAGGUUGCUGAGUGGAUCGAACAAAAUCACGAGAAACUCAAGGAGAGAAUUGGUGAAUUGAAACAUGAGGCUGCGAGACAAAAGCUCGCUGCUGCUUUGAAGGAGGACUGUAGUGGAACCCUUUCCAUUGUUAAGGAUUUGGUAUCGUCGCUUCCUGAGCUGGAGAAGGAGAAGUUCCUCAAAUCUUUUAAAUAG